UAGAGCAGCAUUAACACCUCAUCUUAAAAUACAAUGUGUUAACCACAGCUGUCCAGAAGCUGAACACCUCAGUGAUGCUUCUUACUUCAUCACCUACAUCAUUUCUCCUGAGGAUUGUUAGUGAUAAGAGCGUGUGAUGGUGUUGCUAUGGUGAUGUCAAUCAUGUUGGCUCCUCCUCCUCUGAUCUUUCUCCUCAUGAUUCACGGAGUUUAUAGUGCUGAUGAUGGGUGGGGUGUGAAUUACAGCUCUUCAUCCAUCUGUGCACUAAAGGGUUCAACAGUGAUAAUAAACUGCACUUAUAAAUACCCUACUGGAUAUAAGAUCAUGAAGGUGUUCUGGACUAACACUAAUGAAACAGCAAAAGAUGAAGAGUUUCCAGAUCUGUUUAAUGUCUCUGAAUACAGUGAGAGGAUUCAGUAUCUGGGAGAUAAACAACACAACUGCACCAUGAGACUGACUGAUGUAAGACAGACAGAUUCACACAAAUACUAUUUCAGAUUCAUCACUGAUAAACCAAAAUGGGUUGGAAAACCUGGAGUGACUCUUUAUAUCACAGAUCUUCAGGUGGAGUCUUCAGGUGAGAGAGUGACAGAGAGACAUUCAGUGACUCUUACAUGUAAAAGCAGAUGCAGUCUGACUGACAGAUCAACAUUCAUUUGGUAUAAAAACACACAGUCAUUAAGUGAGAGAACAGACAGAAACAAUCAACUCAUCCUGCAGUCAGUAAGAAGAGAGGAUGCAGGCAACUAUAGCUGUGCUGUACAGGGACACAAUCUCACAUCACCUCAUCAAUAUCUCAAUGUCAUCUAUGCUCCGGAUAAACCUGUAAUCUCCAUCAAACCUUCUGGUGAAAUAAUGGAGGGUGAUUCAGUGACUCUGACCUGCAGCAGUAAAUCAAAUCCACCUGUUCAGAUCUACAGCUGGUUUAAGGAGAAUAAAACUGUUGCAUCUGGCCAAACCUACAUCAUCUCAAAGAUCAGAUCAGAUCACAGUGGAGAAUACAAGUGCAAGUCAAUCAAUAAACUUGGAAAAAGAUAUUCAGCAGUGACCUUAAAUGUUUUAUAUCCUCCAAAGAAGGUGACAGCAUCCAUCAGUGGAUCUGGUGAAAUAAAGGAGGGUGAUUCAGUGAAUCUGACCUGCAGCAGUGAAUCAAAUCCACCUGUUCAGAUCUACAAUUGGUUUAAGAAGAAUGAAACAUCAUCUGUUCGAUCUGGACAGACGUACAGCAUCACUAACAUUAACUCCAGUCACAGUGGAUGGUUUUACUGUGAGGCUCAGAAUGAAGUCGGAUCUCAGAGAUCUACUGCUGUAUCAGUCAAUGUUAAAGGAAAUAUGAUGAUAUUUCACUCUGUCAUUGGAGUGUUGAUUUUGGGGGCUGUAGUUUUUAUCGUGGUGUUGAUAAUUUGGAAGAUCCGGAGAAUGAAAAAAAGAAAUAGCUCUCAGACGGUUCAUCAUAGUCCUUCUCACGACAGCCAUAAAACAUGUGAUGACCUGUAUGAGAAUUUAAGGAUUGAUGACGGCAGCUGUGAUGAAUCCAAGCUGAGUUCUCCUGUCUAUGAGAAUAUUAAAAUAGAUACUGUAGAGGUCAGUGAAACACAUCAAAACAUAUAAAAGCUUUGAGUGGUUGGAGGUCUCUAUGAUUGACAAGAGAGUUGACGAAGAGACGGAUUUGACAAAGAUUUGAGAAAAAUGUGCUAAUGGGUAAAUGUAUAAACUCAUAAAGCUAAUUAUCUUUGUUUUUCCUUUGGGCUUUUCUUAUAUUUUGUCAGUUUUUGUGAGUACCAAUGAAUCUUCUACUGUAGCUUGUAUGUGUCAGUUCACCCAAUUAUUUACUUGUUUUAUUUCAUCUGGAUGGUUUGAUUUUUUUAAGUUUUUUUUAAAGCUUAAGUUUGUUUUUAUAUAUUUUUUAAAUUGCUGAUGUUGUCCAUGAAUGGCUGAA